AUGACUUCUGUUGUAGUGUCCCCGACACAUGUAACAUGGGAGGCUUUGCCCCAAAGUGGUACAGUGCCCCCAGCCAGGGAAGGACACAGCCUUUGUGUGGUUAAAGGCCAGGUUUACCUGUUUGGGGGAUCAUCCAGUCCAGAGGCCAAAGAGUGUCUCCCUGGGGUCUAUCGCUUUGACAUUGUGUUACUGGCAUGGGAGAAGCUCUCUAUUGGUGGUGUGCCUCUUAGGACGCUCAACCACAGCUCUGUCGCCGUGGGAGACAACAUCUAUGUAUAUGGUGGUCUUCUCGAUGGGGUGCCUAUGGACAACCUGAUGAUGUUCAACACAGUUUCAAUGCUUUGGACACCUGUGAGGACAACAGGGAGCAUACCAUCUCCAAGAUAUAACCACACUUUAGCUGCUGUUGGUGAGCAGAUUUUCGUGUACGGUGGAUGCGGGGAGGAUGAAUGUUAUUACAAAGACAUCUAUGUUCUCGGCACAGGCUCACUGGAGUGGCAGCAGUGGGAGGUGAAAGGCGAGUCUCCGGUGUCCGGCGCUGGCCAAACCCUCACUGCCCACCGAGAUAAGGAUAUCUAUUUGUUUGGGGGUAAAAUCAUCAGCCCGGAUGGAGCAGUAACGGCAUCAAAUGAGAUCUACAAAUUAAGCAUAGCAAAGAUGAAGUGGAAGGUUCCACUCUAUGUGGGCAUUCCCCCAGCGCGACGAUUUAACCUUGUGACUUUCAUCUUGCACAGCCAUAUGUAUGUGUUCGGUGGCAGAAAUGAAGAACAGGAAUUCAAUGACUUGAAAGUGAUGAAAUUAAUUAACCCAUCAGAAAGACAACCAGUGAUGAAGGAGAUCCUCUCUGAAUUUGGUCUCCAAGGAGUUAGUAAUGGGUUUGCUGCAACAAAGGUUCCCAAUGUGAAGUAUGAACUAAGUAAAUCAUCAAUAAGUCUAACAUAUGAGAGAAGUGAUUUUACAGAGCCUACAGGACACAGAGAUUUCACUGCAGUCCGUGAUGAGGCACUCGAUAUGAUCCACAAAGCAUUUGCCAUGUUAGAUGAGGAGGCCCAAAAACUGGACAGAGGAAAGGCUGAACUUGUUCAAGCUGCAGAGGCUCUUCAGUAUGAAAAGGAGGCCUACAGAAUCCACCACCAAAAACAGGAACAGGAACUUCAGGAAAUGCUGGAGAAACACCGGACUCAGAAUGAGGCGUGGCUGCGAGCUCGAGCAGAGGAGAAUGACAAGGAGAGGAAGGAGCUCUGUAAACUGCGGGAAGAAGUCUUGCAUGAACAGGAGAAACUCAAAGAAGAGCAGAGCAACAUUCAAAAACGCAGCGAGCACCUGCUGUCUAUCAUGCAACAGUUCAAGGGCAUGUGACCAGCAGCAUGCCAGAAGUUUUCACAUUUAUUUUGUCUAGGCUAAUCAUAAAAAUCAAUGAUC